CACAGUACAGCACUCCACAUCGAUUAAGAUGGCUGCUCUCACCACCACCUCCGUCCGCGCCGUGUCCGCCGUGUCCGCGCGCAAGGCCAACUUCGCGGGCUCCCGCGCGUCCUUCGCCGCGCCCGCCAAGGCUCCCGUUUCCGCUCGCGCCUCCCUCAAGGUCCAGGCCGCGAACCGUGAGCUCUGGCUCAAGGACUCCACCGUCGCGCCCGCUCACCUCGACGGCACCCUCCCCGGUGACUUCGGCUUCGAUCCCCUCGGCCUCGGCGCCGACCCCGAGCGCCUCAAGUACUACCAGGAGGCUGAGCUCAUGAACGCCCGCUGGGCGAUGAUGGCCGUCGCGGGCAUCUGCACCACCGAGAUCCUCGGCAUCGGCGGCCCGUGGUACGAGGCUGGCGCCGCGGAGUACGAUCUCCCCAUCAACGCGCUCCUCGCGGUUCAGUUCCCCGUCAUGGGCAUCCUCGAGCUCCGCCGCAUUCGCGGCUGGCUCGCGACCGGCAAGUCCGGCGUCAACGAGACCUUCCCCUGGGACCCCAUGGGCAUGAACGGCGACCAGAUGGCGCUCAAGGAGGUCAAGAACGGCCGCCUCGCCAUGAUCGCGUUCGUGGGCAUCGUCGUCCAGGCGAUCGUGUACCGCACCGGCCCCGUCGCCGCGCUCAAGGACCACAUCACCGACCCCUUCGGCUGCAACAUGGCGACCAACAUCAUGCACAUCGGCUCCACCUUCUAAGCCGUCUCCGAGAGAGAUCUGACUCGGAGACGAUUGGGUGUUUUCGACCAGCUGUGACGCCGGCGAGCGUUCGCGAGGGUGACUGUUGAGACGUUGGGUGUGUCGCGGCGAGGCCGCGGACGACGGGGGCGCGCGUUUGGGGCGCGCCUUCGGUUAGAAGGAGCUAGAUUUAUGAUAAUAGAUCGAUCGAGUUCCGCC